AUGGCUAACGGCAAGACAGAGAGUUCUCACGAGAUUUACUUAGGUUGUUCCCUCACGCUAGAUAAUCAUUCGUUCCCAAUCGACCUCAUACCAGUAGCUAUCCAAAGUUUCGACGUCAUCAUAGGCAUGGACUGGCUGAGUCUUUAUCGUGCCGACAUUCUGUGCUUCGAAAAAGCAGUCCGCCUGAAUCUACCGAAUAACGAAACCUUGUUGAUCUACGGAGACAAACCCAGUACGAGCCUUCGUAUCAUCUCGAGUAUUCAAGCCCAUAAGUACUUGCGUAAGGAAUAUCAUGCAUUCCUGGCGCACAUUGUCGAUACGAGCCAGAAAACAAAAGACCUAAAAGACCUCCCCGUGGUACGCGAUUUUCCCGACAUCUUUCCGGAAGAACUCCCGGGUUUACCCCCGCAACGUCAAGUCGAGUUCCGAAUCGACUUAAUUCCACGAGAGAUCCCAGUAGCCAAAUCGCCUUAUCGUCUAGCACAUGCUGAGAUGCAAGAACUGUCCGGUCAACUUAACGAACUGCUCAGCAAGGGCUUUAUAAGACCAAGCUUCUCACCCUGGGGAGCACCAGUCUUAUUCGUGAAGAAGAAUGACAGAUCGUUCCGUAUGUGCAUCGAUUACAGGGAACUCAACAAGCUUACAGUCAAGAAUCGUUACCCUCUUCCUCGCAUAAACGAUUUAUUUGACCAGCUGCAAGGGGCGAGCUACUUUUCCAAGAUUGAUCUGAGGUCCGGGUAUCACCAUUUACGAGUGCUGGAGGAAGAUGUCCUGAAGACAGCCUUCCGAACUCGUUACGGACACUACGAGUUCGUAGUGAUGCCAUUCGGAUUGACCAAUGCGCCCGCAGUAUUCAUGGACUUGAUGAAUAGACGAAGAGGGAUCCAUGUGGACCCUUCCAAAAUUAAAGAAAUCAAGAACUGGUCAAGCACCGAAGACGCCUACGGAAAUUCGUCAAUUUCUAGGCCUCGCUGGCUACUACCCGCAGGUUCAUUCAGAACUUCUCUCGAAUUGCGAAAAACCCUCACUACAUUGACCCAGAAGGGCGUGACCUUUGACGGGGAAGAGAAGCAGGAGAAAGCGUUCCAAACGCUGAAGCGAGCCUUUGUACAACCGCACCGAUACUGUCCCUCCCCGAAGGAACAGAAGACUUUAGUAGUCUAUUGCGAUGCGUCAAAUCAAAGGCUCGGAGUGUUAUAUGCACGAGGUAAGGUCAUCGCCUACGCCUCAAGACCUGAAGACACAUGA